AUGGUUGGAAGAGAUGUCAAACGAACAGCUGAUUUGACGUAUCUUGGCCUGUGGCUUCUAGACUUGUUUAUCGUGCAUUUUACGACUGUUUCAUGGCUGACAGCAAGUUCGUUAUCACAGGAGAAGCUCCAGAGUCCGACGAAGAAAGCAUCGACAAUGACAAGGCGAACAGCACCUCAGGGUAUGGGACGGCAGUGAAUGGCGAAGCCCUCGAAUCGGACGACGAGGUUGUCUCGUAUGCGGCAAAGUCGAGGAGGAAGCCUGAGCAGUCUGCACCGGAGUUGAAGCGUUCACCGCAAAGGAACCACCUGAACAACUCCAUUCUGCAGAAGAAAUUAUGUGACUCCAAUGCGAAACUCUGGAAGGAUUUGAACGAUUGUCUUUACUCCACCAUUUUUGCAGCGUCAAAGGAAUUGCUCAAUGCGGACCAACAGCUGCUCAAAUCACAGGUAACUCUACAGUCAAUUUCUUACAACUUUAAAAUUGCUGAAGCGUCAACCAAGCAAAUCCUCACGAAAACAAAAGAUAUUAUAUCUGGAAAUUUCAUUCCACCAAUCAAUAUAUAAAGUAGAAUUAGGUGCAACAAAACUAUUUUAAAUUCAAUGAAUAAAUUCAUCAGAUGUUUUCCUAAUAGAAAUUUUGUAAGUAGGAAAGUUUUUACUAAAAAACCUUUUGUUUGGAUUUGUUUCAAAGAGAAGUCACCAUAGAAAUACUUCUUUCAAACUACACAAUAAUGGGGCUUGUGAUCGAUUUAUCAAAAGUCGUAACCGAACUGUCAACUCAGUGUUUUGUUCAAAUUUAGAGCAUAAUAACGAAUAUGUACUUUUUCCAAUGAAAACUAAAGUAGGUGUGCGCAACUAAGUAUUUUACUGAUAUUAAGGACACCACGUUUUUCCCAUUUAGUGCGUAGUAUCCGUAAAUUUCCCAUAAUUAAGCACAUGAUUUUUACAUGUCGUUCGAAAGCUAACAUAAUAAGGGAACUUUUGUCAAAUUUGCAGGUUUGUAAGUGUAAAGAAUCAUUAGAAUAUCGCAAUUUGAAAUUCAGAUGUAAAAUCGUUUUUGAAAUUUCUUUAAAGUUUGAACAGUUAUAUCUUCAAGUGGCGGCCGGCUUUGCAAUUGAUAAAAUAUAUAUUUUUAUAUCCAUGUA